UCCUCCGCCUCCCUGCUGAGAUCACACAGUGAAUCAUCCGGGAUGCCUUCCGGGAGAGUUCCUACCAGCUGCUUCGCUGACACGGUACCAAACAGAGUCAUGGAUCAGUCAACCUACGCACGCCUUUCAUUUUUUACCACCGCUGAGCCAUUCAUUGUGGAUCCAAACAGUGGAGGCCAUCAUCAUCGUCCUUCUCCACUCCGACCUGCUCUCUCACUCGCUUAAAUCUUAUCCCAUAUCGAACCUGACCUUUGGCACUGCAGCAAUGAGCCCGCCUCCUCAAGUGCUCGUCUUGCCUUUCCCAGCCCAAGGCCAUGUCGUCUCCUUCAUGUCGCUGUCGCGCGGCUUGGUCGAGCAGGGCUUCAGGAUCACGUUCGUCAACACCGAGUUCAACCACGGCCGAAUCGCGGCUGCCAUGUCCGACAAGGGUUGUGACGCUGCCGGACAAGGAGGAAUACGCAUGGUCGCCAUACCAGAUGGAUUGGCUCCCGGCGACGACCGCAACGAUCUCGGGAAGCUUGUGGACGGCUACUUGAGGGUCAUGCCCGGGUGCCUCGAGGAGCUCAUAACAAGCAUCAACCAGUCCGGUGGAGGAGAAGGAGACGGGAUCGGAUGGAUGAUCGCCGAUGAGAACAUGGCGUGGGCUUUGGAGGUGGCCAAGAAGAUGGGGAUCAGAGCAGCCUGUUACUGGACCGCAUCUGCAGCCAUGCUCGCGACGAUGAUGAGCAUUCCCAAGAUGAUCCGAGAGGGCAUCCUUGGUGCCGAUGGGCUCCCAAGGAGGCAUGGCAAGUACCAGCUGAGCCCUGGCAUGCCAUCCGUCAGCACGACUCAGUUCGCCUGGAACUGUGCUGGUGAUGCCCAAGGCCAAAAGAUCAUCUUCCAGCUAGUCGUCAACAGCAACCGCCUGCUCGAGCUUGCUGAAUUCAUCAUCUGUAACACAGUCCACGAGAUGGAGUCACCCGUCUUCGCCCUCUUCCCCAAUAUCCUGCCCGUGGGACCUCUGAUUUCGCGCCAAAGACUCGAUCACAAGCCCAUGGGGCAUUUCUGGCCCGAGGACACGACCUGCGUGAAGUGGCUCGACGAGCAGCCUGCCAACUCCGUCAUCUACGUCGCCUUCGGGAGCUUCACGGUGUUCGACUACCGCCAGCUCCAAGAGCUCGCGCUCGGGCUCGAGCUCUCUCGCCGGCCGUUCCUGUGGGUCGUGAGACCGGAUCUGGCAAGCGAGGCGAGCGUUGCUUGGUUAGAUAGCUUCCGGGAACGAACCGCCGGCCGAGGGAAGAUGGUGAGCUGGUCGCCGCAGCAGCAGAUACUGGCUCACCCUUCCAUCGCCUGCUUCCUGUCUCACUGUGGUUGGAACUCCACCAUGGAAGGAGUGUGGAACGGGGUUCCAUUCCUCUGCUGGCCAUACUUCACCGACCAGUUCCUCGACCAGGUCUACAUCUGUGAUGUUUGGAAGAUUGGAUUGAGCCUGAACGCUGAUGACGAAGGGACAGAAAUCUCACGGGAGCAGAUCCGAGUGAAGCUGGAAGAGUUGCUCGGGGACGAGGGAAUCAAGGCGAGGGCGAUGAUGUGGAAAGACAUAGCUCGCAAGAGUGUGGGUGAAGGAGGGUCUUCCUACAAGAACAUGAAGCGCAUCGUGGAAGAGAUGAACGGUCAAAGGGUGUAAAGUCCGUCUGUCUUUGAUAAUUAAUAUAUUGUAAGAUUCUAAGUUGGAAUU